UGCGUACUAGCGUCCUCGAGCUACGGCCAAUCUAGCCCCCUUGUGGGCUUGCCCCUCCUACGCCGUGCCUUGCUACACACCGUUCUUCACGGUGUCAGCAGGUAUGCAAUUUCUUGGCUCCCUUAGGUCUCUUACAGGGCGUAGCUCUUCGCUGUCACCCAAUAUAAAAGCUCGAGGACUGCUCUCAAAAGUUCAACGAGUUCAACGACUCAAUCACCGCCUCGAUACUUCCACGUCUUACGCUCUCCUCCAUCGCAAAUAUGAAGACCUCUGCCAUCCUCGUUGCGCUCGCCGCGUCUAUGUCUGCAUCCGCGUACACGAUCACUUUCAAGAACCAGUGCAGUUACGCUGUUUGGCCCGCCGUCGGCAAGGCCCCCAAUGGCCAGGUCGACAACUCGGUCAGGUUCGGUGCGAAGCUCAACCCCGGCCAGAGCGUUUCCUGGAAUAUCGACGGCCACCAGCUCGGCAUUCGCGGCUGGGGACGUACGGGCUGCGAUUCUAACGGCGCUAACUGCAAGACUGGUGCUUGCAACGGCGGACUGGUCUGCAACGACGCGGGCAUUACCGCCCACGCAAUUUACUCAGAGUACGGCUACGGCAACGCCGGCCAGUGGGGCGGCGAGCGCACGUAUUGGAACCUCUCGUUCGUUGGCGGCAACGUCAACAUCCCAGCUCGUCUGUCAGCGACUGACGGCCAGUCUGUUACUUGCACGUCGAACUCGUGCCCGACCGACCAGGCCUAUCACCAGGAUAGCGACCACCAAGCAGUGCGCAACUCGCCCCUCUCGGCGAGCUACACGCAUACCUUCUGCCCCUAAGUCUGCGAAGAUAAUGUGAGCACAUGAAGGGGUUCAAGUGUACCAACUGGGGGAUUCGGAAUGCGUGGUAUUUAUCCAGUAUUAUUAUCAACGGUGCUGUAGUAGACAUAUCAUUGGUCAUUCACCUACUACCAGACGUCUUGCAAGAGCCAGAGGCUCAGACGACA